AUGAAUCUCGCAGAGCAAGAGAAUCAUAAUCAACAGCAUCUAUUACUGUCUUCAUCUACUACUAACGAUGAUAGUACUGUAAAGACUCGACGUAGUUCAUCUGUACUUACAGCAAUAGAACCCGUUGUGUUAUUAACAGAAGAAGUUGAUGAUGGUGAAUCGAUAGCUACAUCAAAACCAUUUGCUCUAUCUGGUAUCCUCUACAGUCUUCUAGGAUGUUUUCUCUUUUGUACAGCCACAUUUACUAUUAAAGAAUUACAAAUUGAUUUACUCGAUGCACUCGUCAUACGUUUCAUCAUACAGAUUUUUCUGUUUGGAAUCUUUGUUGUUUCUCAUCACUAUCCAAUAUGGAUCGGUUCAUCAAAAGAAAAAUGGCUACAAUUGGUCUUAUGUAUUCUAAAUGGUUUUGUUUUUCUCGGAUAUUUUAUUGGCUUUCGUUAUCUUCCUCUGCCUGAUUUAACAACACUUAAUUUUACUCGUUUAUUAUGGACAGUUGUCUUUGGUAUACUCAUUUAUAAAGAGAAACCGUCAUUAAUAAUUUUCUUAGCUGUUUUCUUGACACUUAUUGGCGUUGUAUUUGUCGCACAACCAACAUUUAUCUUUAAACAGAAGAAGAUAGCGGCAGAGAUUCCUCUAAAUAUGACACCGAUAAUAGCAUUAAAUGGAACAGACAUAGUGGACACGUUUUUAUUUAGCAGUCGAAUGAUUGGUAUCUCUCUUUCGUUAGGGACAGGACUUUUCUCUGCAUUCAAUCUUCUAAUUUUCAAACAAUUGAUAACUUUAAAACUUAAAACGAGUGUUUUAAUUCUCCAACAUUCCUUUGUUUUUCUUCUAUGUUUAAUAUUCAAUCAAUUUUAUAAAUAUUUUCUAUUGAAUGAUUUAACAUUCUUUACAUUGACAAUCUUUCAAUGGAAAUAUUGGUUAGCUACAUUAAUUAGUCUAUUACAAACACUUGGAGUAAUCUGUGGAAAUCGUGCUGUGAAACGUGAACGACCAUCUAUUGUCACAAUAGUCUCGGCAUCAGAGAUUAUUUAUGCUAUUCUUCUACAGAAUAUAUUUACAAAAGAUAAAUCAAAUUUAUGGGUAUUACUUGGAAGUACAUUAGUGAUAUCGAGUGUCUUCCUUAUCGGUGUACACAAAUUUGUACAAGAACGAAAGACAAAAAAGAAAAAGAUUGAUGACCGUAAUAAUGUUAACAAAUGA